CACGUUUCUAUGUUGUGUUUUCGUACCUACCUAUCUGUUGUUUACGUUUUAUAAUGAGGGCAGGAGGGACAUGAUCGUUUCUCUUUUAUUGUGUGUAUUGUCUGUGUGGCAUCCUCAUAAAAACUGUUAAAUAAAUGAAAAGCACAAACUAAAUAGAAAUCGUGGGAAGAGUACUACGUUUGUAGUUAACUAUUUAAUUAAUUAUCCGCAAUGCGCCGAGUCCGAGAUGGUCAGUGUGGAUCUCUGUACAGCACUAGGGCUGUGCCGGCCGCUGUUGAGGUCAAGACAGAGCUAAAGUCAGAUGAUGAUGAUAUUGAAAACGAGAAACCAAAUGGACUGCAGCCAUCAGAUCUCAACAACACGCAUGAUAUUAAAUUAGAAAUAAUUGAAAUUUAUCAUAGAAGCAUGAUGCAAAGUAAAAAACAAAAGAGUAAGAAUGCAAAAGGUGGCACUUUAUUGAAAACUGUUAAACGGGAACCAGCUGAAGAUAUUUCAACUAAAAUGAAGCUAAAGCAAUGUGAAACUUCAACGAGACAGGGGCGGCACCAAUGUCGUAUAUGUCUAUCUUGGUUCACUGACAAAAGGGCAUUAAUAACUCAUUUAGAAACACAUUUUUAUGAAAAAGCAUUACCGCGUGAUUUUUGUCAGCAACAAUUGAAGGAUGAGUUCCGAGUGACAGCACAUUCUGACGUGAAAUUUCAGUGUGAUAUUUGUCACAAAAUAUUUUCACAUGAAGACUAUUUAAAACGACAUUUACUGAGGCAUAAUAAAAAUAUUUUUUUUGAGUGUAACGAGUGUCAACGACGAUUUGCCUAUAAGGGUUCAUUGAAAAUUCAUUUGAGGACGCAUACCGGCGAGAAGUCUAUUGAAUGUGAGAUUUGUCACAAAACAUUCAGAUAUAGUUCAGGUUUAAGAUUUCACGUUAACACUCAUACCGGUGCGAAACCUUUUACAUGCGAUUAUUGUAAUAAGAGUUUUGGUGAUAAGGGAUGCUUAAAAGUUCAUAUAGAGACGCAUUUGACAAAAGAGAAAUUACACGAAUGUAAUAUUUGUCACAAGUCGUUUGAGUUCAAAAGAGGUUUAAGUACUCAUUUGAAGACACACACGGUAGAAAAACCGUACCAAUGUAAUAUUUGUUUAAAGCGGUUCGGUUUGAAAGUAUAUUUAAAAGCACAUAUUUUGAACCACUCUCAUGAGUAUCGUUAUAAAUGCAACAUAUGUCAAAGUUCUUUCAAAGAGAAAGCUAAAUUAAAAAUUCAUGUUAGAACUCACACUGGCGAGAAACCGUACGAGUGUGAUUUUUGUCACAAUAGGUUUAGGCGUAGGGGUCACUUGGUGCAACAUUUGAGAACGCAUACAGGCGAGAAACCUUAUAAAUGUGACGUUUGUCACAAGAGAUUUUCAAAUUUAUACUUGCACAUGCGCACGCACACAGCCGAAAAGCCUUAUCAAUGUCACGUGUGCGAGAAACGGUUCACACAACCCGCGCAUUUGAAUUCACACGUGAAAAUACACAAUGCGGAGAAAUCAUACGAGUGUAAUGUCUGUCAUCGUCGUUUCAGAUUUAAGGGUACAUUGAACAUACAUUUAAGAACACAUUCGGGCGAGAAGCCAUACGAAUGUGAUAUUUGUCAGCGGCAUUUUAUCUGUAGUUCAUCUCUGCAAUAUCACUUAAGUACUCAUGGCGAGAAACCGCACGGGUGUGACAUUUGUCACGUGCGAUUCAGAGCUAAGAUUUCUUUGGUAAGACAUCUUGAAUGUCACGCUAGUGAAGUAAUAAUGAAUUCCAUAAUGGAUCGUGACGAAGAUCAGUGUGGUUCUCCGCUGAACUCUGAGACUCUACUGCUAUCUGUUGUUAAGAUCAAGAUAGAACUAGAUGAUGAAGCAGAUGCUGACUCGGGUGAUCAAAAUGAGGAAUUAAAUGAGUCACCAUCCUUCAUGAAUAUACAUGAUGUGAAAUUUGAAACAUGUGAUAACGACAAUCAGAAUCUAUUGAAACGUGAAACGAGCGUGGACACUAAGAAAGAGGUCACAGAAGAUGCUACUUCAGCUGACACAGCGGGAAUUGAAGGAAGUACAACCGACAGAAGACAGCGAGAGUCCCGACGAGAGUCAAUAACACGGAGUGGUCAGGGACCACACCAAUGUGACGUUUGUCAAGAACGCUUUGCUCAACGCCGUAAUUUGACACUACAUUAUAGGAAACACAAUGACGACAAACCUCGCAUAUGUGAAACGUGUCAUACAAGAUUUGUUGAUAAUAGUUUUAAAGGAAAACCUAAGGAAACUCAUAUUGGUGAAAAAAAAUACAAAUGUGACAUGUGUCAAUGUCAAUUUAUUGACACUAAUGGCGUCUCUGACUACCGAAGUUCUCACACUGGUGUAAAGCCGUAUAAAUGCGAUGUGUGCCAAAAAAAAUUCAGACAGAAAAGUAGUUUAACAGUUCAUCGCAGAAUUCACACUGGUGAAAGACUCUACGAAUGUAAUACGUGCGGCAGUAAAUUCAACAAAAAGGAUACGUUAAUUAAACACAGUAGAUCUCACACCGGCGAGAAGCCUUACAAAUGUGAAUUGUGUGACAAAAGUUUUUCCAGAAAAUAUGGAUUAUCGGUUCACAGUAGAAUUCACACUGGCGAAAAACCUGUCGAGUGUCCAUUUUGCGAUAGCACAUUUCGUGAGAAGAAAUGUUUAGCUGUCCAUCUCAAAACUCAUACCGGCGAAAGGCCUUAUAAAUGCGACGUGUGCCAUCGGAAAUUCAUUGAGAAAAGCACGUUAAUAAAACACGUUAGAACUCAUACCGGCGAAAAACCAUUUCAAUGUGAUAUAUGUAGUAGUAAGUUUCGACAGAAGAGCGUGUUGACAGCUCACCGUAGAACCCACACGGGUGAGAAGCCUUACGAAUGUGACGAGUGUCAUAGCACGUUUAGACGGAGGAUAUUCUUAAUAAAUCAUCGUAGGACUCACGCCAGCGAGAAACCUUACGAAUGUGACGUGUGUCAACGUCAAUUUUAUCAUAAAACGUCUUUGCUGCGUCACGCUCGCCGUCACAGAAAACAAAUAAAAAAUGAGUAAUAUAUAUAAUAUAGAAUAGAGGUACCCGAAACCGCCGAGCUUGCAUGAAGAGAGUUAUGAAUGUGGAUGAAGCGAAGGAAGUGUGCAGAGAUCGUGGCAAGUGGAAAGAGGUAGUCUCUGCCUACCCCUCCGGGAAAGAGGCGUGAUUUUAUGUAUGUAUUAUUAACCUUGACAUUGGCAAAAUCGUCGUUUUGUUGAACGAUGGAGCCUUAAUAUUAAAAAGUGAAGUAAUAUACAUUUUUGUUUUUAUGUUUAUCACCUCAAGGCAAGUUCAGCCCCGCAUACAUACAUAAUAGUCACGUGUACAUCACUUGCGGGGUAGACAGAGCCAACAGUCUUGAAAAUACUGAAAGGUCAUGUUCAGCUGUAUGGCUUCAUGAUGAUAUUGAGAUUCAAAUAGUGACAGGUUGCUAGCCCAUUGCUUAAAAGAGAAUCUCAACUAUAUAAGCCUAUCCCUAAGUCGCCUUUUACGACAUUCAUGUAAGAUAAGAUCUCUGUGGCGGUUGAGCCAAAUCAUCGUUCCCGCUAUGGAAAAAACAAUACCCAUCCUUGU